AUGGAGGAAGCAGAAGAGGAUGACAUGACAUAUGGAGACUUGGGAAACGGACUUGAGAGAAGACCUGGAAGUGUUUAUGAAGGGGAAAACUUACCAAACCCCUAUUCAUUUAGAUCUAGGAAGGGAUCUGGAAAGGUUUGUACUCCUCUCUUGUCAGCAAAGAGAGUGGAAGGAAGUAAUGUUGCAGCUCUUCUCAGUUCAAAACACAACAGUUUCCACAGUGGAUCAUCCAGAAAGCCUGUUGCUAUUUCCACCCAACAAAAGACCUGCGAAUCUAAUACUGAAGCAUCAAAUGAAGAACUAAAGCAAAAACUUCAGAAAGCUCUAGAGGAAGUUGAGAUUUUGAAAGUGGAGCUUGAAGCAUCUCAAAGACGGCUUGAAGGAAAAGAUGAAGCCCUAAGAAUUCUGCAGAGCAUGGCAGUAUUUAAUAAAGCUACUAGUCAUACAAAAGCAAUGCUUCAAAAAACUGAGGAAGAAAAGAGAACUUUAGAAAAGGAAAUUAAUAUUUUGCAGUGGGAAAUUGAAUUUGAUCAGGAUAGAUUUAAAAACAUAGAAGACACAUGGACAGAAAAAUAUGACAGGAUAUAUUGUGAAAAUGCAGCUCUUAAGGAAGCAUUGAAACUGAGAAAAGAAGAAGUUAAAACUCUUAAAGCUGAAAAUGCAAUCCUGAAUCAGCAGUGCUUGGAAUUUCUUGCAAUGCUAGAUGUGGAACAACAGAAGGUUGUUCAGGAAAACAUGUCCUUGACUAAAAGUGACAUUACAGAUUUUACAGGUCUUGAACUGGCAGUUCUCAAAGCCUGCAUCUGCAGUACUUCUGGAGUGCAGCCUUGUCCCUGUGCUAAAAUGGCAGCUAUAACUCGAAAGCAGCUUCUUCAUCUUAAGCAAGAGGUUGAAAAUCUGAAGAAGAGUAAAGAUGAAGCUUAUAUAAUGGCAGAUGCCUUCAGAAUUGCAUUUGAGCAGCAGCUGAUACAGAGGAAGGACCAAGCCCUGAGGCUUGCAGAAGUGAUAAAGAUUAAGAAGGAAACGAAAUUUAUAAACUGGAGACGCCUGAAAGACGAUGGAUCUGUCAAAUUACAGGGGAACAAGAACAGCCUGGGACGAAAACUCUCCAGCCUGCUCUCAUCAGAUAUGGACUGCAGGAAGGUUGAAGGGCUAGACAAUCCUCAUGAAAUCCUGAAGAUGUUAAUAGAUUUGGUACAUGACAAAGAGGAGGCUCUGGCUCAUCAGAGAAAGGUCAGCUACAUGCUGGCUCGCACAAUGGAGAUGAAAGAGGAUAUUUCGGAGCAGCAUAAAGGAAAUGGCAUGCUGGGGAGUCAAAGAGUGAAAGCCCAGGGGUCCUCACGCCCCGCUGAUGCCUACUGCCAAAACUUCCCUUCUCAAAACAGUGUUCCUUCAGUUCCCAGUGCAAAAACAUAUGAGAAUCCAGUAAAAAUGCUCCAAAAAUCACACUCCUGGUCAUCAGGGACUACGGACCAUGAAGAAGAUAGUUCAGCUGGAAAAUCAGAUGAAACCAUACUCAUGUCUAUAUAG